AUGACUUUUGCAGUGACCGCCUGCCGCUAUGAGAUCUGUCUGGUGACUUUGUUGUUGCCAUUAGAUCUGUCUGUGACCGCCUGUCGCUAUGACGUCCUGAAGCUGGACCCGUCAGGAGUGAUGAUAAGAGAGACGGUAUCCACCCCUGUCAACACGACCCUGUGUCACGAGCUCAGGACCGCCGACACCUGCAGUCCGGACGGGGAGCUCGUCACGUGUCACCAUGUUCCCGAAUGGGAAAGACACCCGCUUGGAACAUUCAUACCACCUACGGGGUGUACCUUCUCCCAGAACCUGCAAUGUCAGCUAGAAACAAUCUGUCCUACUGAGGUUGAACAAUCUGGAACUAUACCUGUAUCCAAGACAACAGAGAAAACCAUGACAACUACAGAAACACACAGGAGACAGUUUGUAAAAACUGUCAAGAACCCGGUAAAAGUAGAGGCAACUACUGCAGAAAACAAAGAGACCACAACGGAACAAGAGGAGAUAACUCAUCAUAUCUUUAUCCGCGUGCAAAAGCAUGUGACAGAAAAACCGCACUCCGGAGCGACAGUGAUUAGUGUAAACUCUUUGGUGACCAUUUUGUCAGCUGUAAUGAAUAUUUUAUUUCUCACCAUGAAACUGUAAGAAUAAACCAUUAAAGGAAAAAUAAUUGAGUAAAUGUGUUUUUAUGGAA